GUUGCUUGUGGUUCCUCGGACCAAUACACUUCUUCUCCACUCUUGGAAGGAAUUAACUUAAGAAGGUGUCACUGGGGACAACAAUCUCACAUUUGUUAUACAUACUUCUGGGACCUUGCAGGUUAACAGAGUACAAAUGAAUCAGCUAGCGAGGGCGAUAUUCGCUUUAGGUCUUCUUCGUUAUGUGUUCAGCGCGAGUACGACGCGCGGAGAACUUACCGGAUCGGAAGUUAUCAACACAAGGACCAUACAAAAACGGAGUCUCAGUAAAGUGUUUACCGUAGAUGGACAAGAGUGCAAAUUCCCAUUCCGCUAUGCUGGGAUGGUGCAUCACCAGUGUCUCCCCACCCAUUCAUCCCGUUUUUGGUGCUCCACAACCUCCAACUUUGACCGGGACAGAAAGUGGACCUUCUGUGUAUCUGAAGAACUGGGCACCAGCGCAGAGGACCCAUGCCUGGACCGCCCCUGCGCCAACGGCGGUUUGUGCACCAGUGACCCUGGACGGGGGGCUUUUGUGUGCCACUGUCCCGAGCCCUUCACCGGGAGCCUGUGCUCACAGGAGAAGUGUUACGAGGAGGCACACCGGAAGCACUACGACCUGGGGGAGUCAUGGGGGAGAAUUCACAUGCGUGGCGUGGAGCAGUGCACGUGCGUGGGAGGCCAGGCCAUGUGCGAGCGUGUCCGAUACACAGCUUGUGAUGGAAACCCGUGUCAGAACGAGGGGACGUGUCGGAGCCUCGCUUCCACAGGGGCAGUUGUGUGCGCCUGCCGGGCUGGCUUUGGGGGUCCCCACUGCAGUAUCAACCUAGAGGAGCGCUGCUAUGAAGGCAACGGUGUCGAUUACCGAGGCACUGCCAGCACCACUUUGUCUGGUGCCCACUGCCUGCCCUGGAGCUCAGAGCUGCUGCACACCGAGCUGAGCCUCGCCAAUGCAGAGACCGCCGCCCUGCUGGCCAAUGUGGAAAGCACCAUGCAGUUGGGUCUGGGGGAUCAUGCUUUUUGCAGGAACCCGGACGGGGACACAAUUCCCUGGUGCUACACCCUGAAGAACACAGUCAUCUCCUGGGAAUACUGUGAUAUCCCAUCCUGCAGGCUGCCCGGCACAGAUUCUCGCCUGGUAAUGCCAACUGUUCAGCCCACCACAGUGACCCAAACCCAACCCAGUCGCCCCCCAACCUGUGGGACGAGGCACAUGAAAAGGUCCGCGCGACCUCGCAUCCUGGGGGGUCACGCUGCCCUCCCAGGAGCACACCCAUGGAUGGCGGCCAUCUACAUCGGGGAGUCCUUCUGUGCGGGGACCCUCAUCGCCUCCUGCUGGGUGCUGUCAGCAGCACAUUGCUUUUCUGGAAAUCCUCUGGCAUCCCAAGUGCUUGUCAUCCUGGGUCAGCACCGCUUCAACGACACGGGACCAAACACCAAGUCACAUCGAAUCGAGAAGUACAUAUUCUACGACAAAUACUCUGUGUAUAAUCCAACCGUCCAUGACAUCGUGCUCGUCAAACUCAAAAAGGAGAAAGGCAAGUGUGCCAAGAUGACUCAGUUUGUGCGCCCCAUCUGUCUGCCUGGGGAGGACAUGUCCUUCCCAGACUAUCACUGCUGUGACAUCACCGGCUGGGGACACAUGUAUGAGAAGGCAAACGCAUACGCCGAUCAGCUCAUGGAAGGCGUUGUGUACAUUGUCCCAUUCGAGCAGUGCAGCCGACCGAAUAUGUAUGGGACAGAGGUCACUUCCACAAUGCUUUGCGCUGGCCAUUGGUGCGUGGAUGCUUGCCAGGGUGACUCAGGGGGGCCACUAGCCUGCAGAAGGAAUGGAGUUUACUUCUUAUACGGCAUCGUCAGCUGGGGUGACGGCUGCGGCCGGAGCCGAAAGCCUGGCGUUUACACCAGGGUGACUAAGUAUGUGAACUGGAUCCAGAAGGUCACCAAGUCCAAACCCUAACAGUCCCAGCAUCCUCAGCUUUUACAGUGGCAGAAGAAAGGCAUCCAGACAUGCUGCCGGCUUCGCCGUUCCACUACGGCAAAGUAGCAUACAAUAAACAACUGAUAUUGUGGUUGGAGAGGCCAUUUGGAACCAAUAACUACUCGAUAGAGAUAAUGUUUUGGGAUUCUAUGAAAAGAGUGUAUUUUAUUGAUUUCACUCACCAUAGAAUACGGUCGACCACAUGUGUUUAAUGUCAGUGAAGGAAUAUAGCAUGUUUUUUUCCAAAUAUGUCUUCAAGAUGUUGUGGUUUACUACAGAGAAUUUCCAGUGAAUAAUGAAAUGAAAUGCUUAGGAUGUGAAUGUAUGAAAUGCGUGAGCACUGAAACUUUCAAUAAAAACAAAGUAAUACACUGUG